ACCAAGUUGAAUUAGAAUACAUAAAUUACAUCCUUUAUUUCUAAUUUCUUCGGGUGAUUGAGUUUUCCUCCAGUCUUUACUUUACUGCGCAUUAUCGCGCAGCUUUGACUGUCACGUGAAUCGUCUCGUGACAACAGGAAGAAGGAAUGACAACAGUGUGAGGAUGCUGCUGCUGCUUUGACACUUUUCAACUCUUCAUUUUCAUUUAGCAGAAGGCGACAGACCACAAUGACUUCUAUUAUAAAAGAAACACAAAGCAUAAAAGAAGCGGUGACUUUCAUCAACGCCAUUGAUGUGAACAAGUUCUCCAGGCUGAUCUCACGCAUCAUACAAAAGCUUCAUCUGAAGGGAGAGCGGACAUUCAGUGAAGAAGAGGAGCAAAAACUUCAGGCUGCUCUCUCACUGGAUAAACAGGCUCUGAAUCUAGUCCUGGAAACUGUCGCCUUCAUACUAGAGCAGGCAGUGUAUCAUAAUGUAAAGCCGGCCUCUCUGCAGCAACAGCUGGAGGCGGUUCAACUAAACCCAGACAAGGCUGAGAUGUUCUCUCAAACCUGGGCCACUGCUGGACCUGAGCUGGUGGAGAGACUAAAGCACAAUAUCUUUGCUCCUAAGAAGCUAGAGUAUGUCGGCUGGCAGUUAAACCUGCAGAUGGCCCAGUCCAGCCAAGCCAGACUGCAGUCUCCCAGUGCUGUCCUCCAAUUUGGGCUCCGCAAUGAAGACUCUGAGAUGGUAAUCCCACUGGUGUCUGUCUUGACCCAGAGGCAGCCGUACAUCUGGCUCCAGAGUAACUGUAGUGUAAAGACCCGAGAUCAGGGAGCUUGUUAUCUGAAACCCCCAAGGUCUCUUUGUUCUCUUGAGAGACUGACUAGAAUUGGACAGCAUUCAUUCAACUGUAUCCAUUUAUGCACAGUAUCCAGGCUUGUUUACAAUAUGUUUUAGAUUUAGUCUCGAGGUCUGCCUUAUUGAGGUCAAAGUGAUGAUUAGUUGGCUUUUUUAUAUUUUUAAUGCUGAAAUUUUGCAUGUAGAUAUUAGUUUCUUAAAACUAAGUAUUACAUAAAAGAUUUUGGUGAGGCCUGGCCCUACAUAUUUGUACUUACUGUACUGUAAAAUUCGAAGAAACAUGAUAUACAUAUGGUUUUGAUUUAGAUUUUCUACUGUAGCAUUUCCCUCUUUCCAUUCAUUUGUAUUCAGUAGAGUUUGUUUGGAUCCCAAUUCGCUAAUGCUAGGUAGUUACUCUAAUAACCAAGACCUCAUGAGCCUCCCUCACUCAUUU